AUGGAAAGGCAAAAAAUAACUUCUCAAAACAUAGUCUCAGAGAUCAUUAGUCUUAAAAAGAAAUUCAGUUCGAAUGAGGAUAUCGAAACUAUCCGAGAGAUUCAGGAGAAUGUUCGAAAGAUCGAGGACAUCAUGAGUAAGAAGAGUGAACAGACGAAGAACGAACUAAAAGCCUUAAACAGAAAGUUGAAAACUCUCAAGAAUAGUAUGAAGAGGCCAGCCGAGCAGGACGAAAGAGAUUUCCAAGAUAUGAUCACAAAACACGAGAGAGAAAAAUUUAAUUUGGACAAAUCAAUCGCUAGCUUGACUGAAGAGACAAAAUAUCCUUUUCUUUGUUCGCUUGAAACUUUACAAAACGAAUUAGAAGAAUUGGAGAAUACAGUUGUCGAGGAUGUCGUUUUGCCUCAAAACGAUGCUACUUCUCUCCAGCUUCAUAUUUAUCGUUCCUUGGGUAUUCAGUUCAUUGAAGAUCCAAGUACGCACAAAUUGAAAGCAAGAAUAGAGGGACCAAACGAUAUUCAUACAGUAAUGGUUGACGAUAGGCAUACACAAUACUUUAUUGCAAAUUAUCUAUGGGAGCUGUCGACCGGAUCAAAAUAA